CUGUUCUUCAGGUUUUUUCUUUUUCCUUGAUGUCCUACCGGCCUCCCACUCCCCACCCCAACGCCCACUGGGCCAUGACGGCCACCGAAGAUGACGCCUUGGACCUCCCCUACAGCACAGAUGAACAAGGCUCCAACGCCGCCAAUCCGCUGACAGGAGGGCUGACGACGGACAUUUCUGCUGGCCCAGAGGCCCCUCGACAGCCCGAUCAUCGCACGGCCCGGCUCAGUCGGUCCCCAGCGGUGAGCCCGGUGAGCUACGGUGACCGUGGUCAGAUAGCUGGGUUGGAACGUGCAGCGAGGGAGGGCUCCAUCGACGAGGCGAGUCUGAGGGCCAUACGGGAGAUCAUCGGAGAUCAGGAGACGGAGCAGCAAGAGUGGAGGUCUCCGUCUCCCUUCGAUGGCCGCGGACGUGGAGGUGGAGGUGGAGGUGUGGGUGAGGGGUCGAACGACGGCGGGCGGGCGGGGGGGAGACAGCGGGGGCGGUUGGAGCGGGCGCGCCAUCGGCUGCACAUACGGGCACCGGCAUUUCUGGAACCUAUCUUUCUCGACGGGACCGAUGGCAGCGACCCGAUUUCUUUGGCGUGAGCUGACAACAGACAGACAGAGAGUGGAGGAAGGAGGAGACAUGUGUGUGUGUGGGGGAUGGAUCUGUGCAUGUUGCUCGCCUCGCUGCACGCAGGAGUUUGCGGUGUGUGUCGUCGCUGGGUGUGUAUCGUGGCGAGGGCGAUAUAAGUCAGGAGGGCUCUGUUGAGGCUCCAAGCACGGAGAGCAAGGCUAAGGCGGGCAACAGUGAGGAGAAGCACUCUUCUUCAUCGUCAUCAUCGUCAUCGUCGUCGUCUUCAUCUGCACCCGCCGCUGCUACUGCCGAGCACGAGCACGGCGGCAGGAACAGCACCAACACAGAUAAAGUCAAGGAGCUUCAGGGAGACGUGAGCGAGCCGCACAUAUGAGCACAUGUACAGGAGCAUUCAUGGUUGACGUUGGUGUGCAGUAUUGCGUGAUAUGCUAUGAGCGUUUUCGCGUCGGUGACUGGGUGCGCAAGCUCAUCUGCUGUCAGAAAUAUUUCCACGGUGCCAGAAGUUGAAGGCCAAAACAGAGAGGAACAUUCAUUUUGUGUGUGUGCUCAUGUCUCCUCCUUGUCCUUGUCCUUGUCUGUGUGUCAGUGUCGUGCAUCGAACGGUGGCUGGAAGAUCACAGGCGUUGCCCCUUGUGUAACAGAGAUCUAGAGGCCAUGGGGCGGGACCUCUCCGGAAGGAGCCAGGCCACUAACACCCGACCGGUCAGUCAUCCGUUGUGGUCAAGAGACGCCCGGACAAUGCCAGCCAUAUUCCCUCCCUGUCAUUCCUUUCAGAAUGCCUCGCUGCUGCGGUUCAUCUUGCAGAAUUUACUUGCGCCUCCCGAUGGGGUGCCUUCCGCUGACGGCACGCUGACCAUCCAUCUGGCGCCGGCUGCCCACGGCAACAUCAACAUCGGUCCGCCAUCGCAAGAGGCCCACCGGGUGCCACCCCCGCCACCCCCGCCACCCCCGCCACCCCCGCCCCACCCCCACUUCCCUCCGAGGAAUCCGCCGCCUGGUCGUGUGUGGAGGGCCGGUGAGAACGGCGAGGUGAUCGACGUGCCGCGACAGGUGUCCCCGCCUGUGCAACGUAUCCCGUGUAGUCGUCGGCCGGUGAUGAAUCAGCAUCGGCCGGUGUCUCCCGGGGCGAGCUGGCAGGACAAUGUGAGGCCACUAGUUGACGAGGUGCUGCCAGGGGCGGUGCCGGUGGCGAUGCUGGAGCUGCCGCCCCGGGUGGAGGAGAUGCCGCCGGUUUUUGUGCAACAUCCCCCCUUCGUCCUGCCCCCCCGAUUUGAGGUCGAACGAGCUCAACAAAUUAUGGUCGUCAACCCCCCUCGGCCCCUUCCUCCCCCCCGCAUCGUCGCACCUGUACUUGCCCGCCCGCCGCCACCCAUUUCCCCUCUGCCCCAUGCUCAGCGGAAUCCCCACGACCCUCAGGGCCAAGGGUAUCCCUUCCCAUCUCCUCAAGGGCAUCCCUUCCGACCUCCUGUGUAUCGCCAUCCCCACCCGCGCAUGCCCAACGUCAACAUACCCCGCCCGCGGCUGUGGGGGCCGCGACUUACAUUCCAGGCGAUAGACAAAGUGCAGCAGGGCAAAAAUGGAGACAAGUGAAUAAAGGACAGCCAUGUGUGUCAGACACAUUGUGUGUGUAGUGUGGUCGAGAUGGGACGGCCAGGGGGGUGGAGUGGGAGAAAGGGGGUGUGAAGGGAAGGGAGAGACAGCGGAUGGGUUCGUAACACGAUGAUAUAUGGGUGGGUGGAUGGAUGGAUGGAAUGACACUGGCUGCGAUGAACGGAGGGAGUGUCACAUGGAUGGAUGGAUGGACGGAUGGACGGACAGACGGGGAAACCGUAUCAGCGAUUUUGAUAAAAGCGACUGUCGCACG